AUGGGCAAGACCUAUCCAUCGGGAACAAUCGCGAAGGUGGCAUAUGAUAUUCUCAACGACACGUUCUACAACAUAAUCCAUGAUGUUGUGGCAAAAGUCCACCGCGAUGAAAAGGUCGCCCGCAUGCGCUCUGCAGUAGUGGUUGCCAGACAAAAAGCCGAGGAGGAAGCUGCAAAGAAUCGUGAAGAAGUCGGUGUAAAAGCCUCUGGUUCAGUAAAGCCCUCUGGUCCUGACGCUGAGGAACAGUCCCUCAAGGAGGUUCGGGUGGAGACCGAUGCAGCUGUCUUUGAUAAUGGAAAGACAUAUCUCAAAGGGAAUCCCAUGCAAACCAUCAAGGAAAUUAUUUGUCCCGAAUGCCGAUUGCCUCGUCUGUUAUACCCGGUGACCGGUGUUGGCGCUCGUGCUGUGCCUGAUCCCGAUAGAGAGUAUUGCUCUCAGCAGCCACUGAUCCGAAAACCGGGCCAUGACGUGCACGGAAACCUAUUCGCUACGGACAAAGUGAACUCAAAGAAGAAGAAUAAGCACAACACGCCAACCUCGAGUCCGCCAGCUGAUGGUCAUGCAGCGCUUGAAGCACCCGGAUUUCCGACAACUAAAUGUCUCAAUUGUCCUCGUUACUUUGUCGUGAGUCGUGUGCAGCAACAUAUGGAUCGCUGCAUGGGAUACUCGGGCCGGAACGCCACUCGCAAUAGAGGUUCAGGGGAUACUGGCAGUGGCAGCACGCCUACUCCCACAUCAGCGGCUCCCAAGCGGCCCCUGGCGGACGAUGAUGCAACACCUUCUACUACACUGACCAAGAAAAAGAAACUAAACGCUCCUAAAAAGCUUUCAAAACCUCCUGCGGCUAGCAGCAAAUUGAAGAACGGUCUCACACCCGACGACCUAGCUGAGAACGGAGACGCUGACAUCAAAAGUGAAGCCAAUGGGGACGACUAA